AUGGCUGCCAACAACUCUGAGGCAGCCCUACCGUGCGAGGGGUAUUUGCGAGGUCAAUCCUCGGCAGCCGUGGCUAAUAAACCUGAUUUGUCCAUUGCAUUUCGCGGUCCUCGUGCCCUGAAAGCAAAGCUAUCACAUUUAUAUCUACGUGAAAUCUCGUAUUCGUCCUGGAAAAGCUCUCUACCAAGCUCCCUUGACAUGCUAUCCGCUCGACGGCCCUUACGAGACUUGAACACCCCAUCCAAGGUGGAGCAGCCCCCAGGACCGGACAAAAAAACGGGGAAACCUCGUAAGGCUGUCGCUUCGUCUAGUAGAAACAAGUCACGUCCGCCUCAAAUCAAGGCCAAGCGUCGCCCCAUCUCCACUAUGAUACCAAAGUAUUCAUCUAACUCACAGGAG